UUUUCUUUAAUGGACCUGUCUAUUGAAAAUGUCCAAAAUGGCUGCCGUCAGGUGAAUUUUAGAUUCACACGAACGAUUUUUUAUUCAGCUGCAUAAUUCUAAUGAUCACGGCUUCGAGCAUGAUACAUCCGCUAAGCUGAAGGUGUAGCAAUCUGAGAUGGCCACCACGGAGAAACUGCUGAAGGCUUUCGAGUCGCUGAAGGCCUUUCAGCAGGGAAAUGUCACGGGGGAGGAGACGAGCACCGCAAGCCAGACGGCCCCUGUUGGGCAGAUGUCAAAUCUGCUCACUACUAGCCCAGCUGAGUUCACUGAGGUUGCCCGAGAUAUUGUGGCGAGUCUGGCCACUGGGAAGAAAGAGCUGGCUGUGGGCAAGAAGGACCGAGUUGCUCACCUGGUAACAAUAGCAGAUGCCAUGUGUGCCAGUAACUUCAGGACCAUGGCUGAGUUUCCUAAGUUCCUGGGAAUCUCCAUGGAGAUGUUCCUGGCUUCCUGUGAUGACAAGGAGUCCGAUGUCAGGAUGGUGGCAGAUGAGUGUCUGAACAGGACUGUCAAGAUGCUGUUGGAAACCAACCUGGGCCGUCUGCAAGUGGAACUGUACAAAGAAAUAAAGAAGAAUGGCCCAGCCAGGAGCCUGCGGGCGGCCCUGUGGCGGUUUGCGGAACUGUCGCACCUGAUCCGGCCGCAGAAGUGUCGUCCCUACGUGGUGAACCUCCUCCCGUGCUUCAACCGGAUCUGUCGGCGCCAGGAGGACGCGGUCCAGGAGACACUCGCUAACUCCUUAAAGAAAACCUUCCCUGUGCUGGGGAGUUUCACUAAUGAUGCAGAAAUAAAGGUUCUGCUGAAGACAUUCCUGCCCAACCUGAGGUCAGCGUCGGCCGUGACGAGACGCACCGCAGCCAGCUCCCUCGUCACGUUCUGUCAGCACUCCAGAAAACCACGCCACUUCUUCUGUUGGCUGCUGACUGUCUUACUGGGUAUGGUGAUCCCUAUCCAAGAGGAUAGGAAGUCCCACACGUUGCUAGGUGUGUUGCUGUGUCUGCGUCACCUGGUGCCACACCUAGCAACCCUGCAGGACCUGGAGGAUGACAGUCUAAAGGGCAGCUUUGGUGUCACGAAGAAGGACCCUGAACUGUCAGUCAGUACCGAGCAGCUGGUACAGAUUUUCGAGCUUGUCCUGCACUACUCACAGCACACUGAUCACAAUGUGGUAACAGCCUCCCUGGAGACAUUCCAACAGCUGCUGCGCACCCCUCCCCCAGGCCUGCUGCCUGUGCUCACCAGACCUGGGUCUAUCACACAAUCAUCCAUCUUUAAAGAGGGAGGACAGCACAGAGUUGGAAGUUCCUCCCAACUUUCAGCUGCAGGUGUUGGUGAAGAAGAUUCUGGCAUGGAGGAUGACAGGUCAGAGGUCAGCUCCACGGCGACCGAUGACCUCCCUCCCAUCGUGAAACUGAACCUUGACCCCACCAUGCAGUCCAUGGAACAGUCCUCAUCUGCUGCGGACCUGGAAACGUUAGACUCUUCCGCAGCAGAGUCCAGUGGGAUAGGGUUACUACAGACUGGUGGGGAGGGGGGCAUCUUCAAUGCACUAGAGAAAGCAGACAGUUUACCAGACACCCCCACCACAACAGAGUUCCCUGGGAACGUACAGGAUUUUCCAGAACAUGCGGCCGCAGAUGAUGUCAUCAUUAAUGCCGACGGAGGCUCGUAUUCGAACGUGGAGAUAGGUUCGGUUACGGUGGAGGACGACUUUCCCUCGGAAAGCGAGGUCAGUCCAGUGGGCAUCGUUGCAGAGUUCAUCAAGACUCACCAAAGGGCGGACUCCAACGUUAGCGCCGGGAGCCAAGAGGCGGAACGACAGGUGACGGAGGAAGUGUCGCUGGCAGAGGAGGGGUCGGAGGUCGCUGCCAGUGCAGAGAGGAUGAUGGGAGAUGUGGGACACUACACUGACGAGGAGGUCCCUCUGAUCUACUGCACACGGCUGCUGUGUUCAUCCUUUCUCCUCACUGGGCAUGAGAAAGGCCUGAUCCGUGACCGUGAGGUCCGUGUGAGCGUGAAGGCCCUCUCGCUGGGCUGCCUGGCGGCCAUCUUUAAUCUCCAUCCCAGGGCACUCAGCAUCAAGCUGUUUCGACCUUCCCAGGACACUCAAGGCCCGGAGAGCAGACAGCUUGUGCGGGACAUCCUCCUCUUCAGUAACCAUGGCGACCCUCAGCUGAAGGGUAACACGGCCGUCCUGGUCGGAAACUUCAUCCACUCUGCUCUUACAGAAGCCAGGCUGAAGUACGACCUGUGGAUCCAGGCUAUCUGUGAGGAGCAGGGCACCCCUCCCGUCCUGCUGGAGUCCCUGGUGUCCUGUCUGCAGACGUGUCUGACCGACCAGGCUUCUGUCACCUGCAGAAUGGCCUGUGUGGCUCUUAAGACAUGUCUGGUGACAUUGCUGCAAAGUUCUUCUGGAGACCUGGGACUGAGACUUGUCCUGGCUACCUUGGGACAGAGAGACACCUCCUACUGGCUGGGUAAAGUGGAGCUGUUGGAGUUGUUGUCACAAGUAGACUUCAAAUUAGUAAAAUAUCUAGAGGACAGUUUUCCAUACAUGAGGAAAGGGGACCACAGUUAUCUUGGGGCCAUGAACUGUCAGCAGAGACUGUUGGAGGACAUCGUGUUACACCUGAUGGGGGAUGAUGACUACAGAGUCAGACAUGCUGCUACUGCAGCGCUGGGCAGGCUUGUACCGAGGCUGUUCUAUCCGGUGGACCACCCCCAACACGACCCGGUAGUUGCUUCAGCCAAAGAGUACAGUUCUGCCCACCUGGAGCAGGAGGGACAGCAGCAGAGUGAAGAGCCGUACCGCCCUCCCCCCUGCACCAUGUGGGGUUACGAGACGUCCGGACUGGUCAGCGCAAGCCUGGAGUCCAGUCUGUCCAGAGUCGUGUCUGCCAUCAUGAGGAGACUCAACAGUUCCACUUCCAAAAGCUUAACAUUCGGGUGCCUCCAUGCCCUGUGCCAGUUGUCCCAACAGUUCCCCGUGUGCCAGUACACCACUGCCUGGUGCUGUGUGGGGAUCACCACCUUCACUCCCAAGGACUCCAGCGGACGGACCAACCUACCCAGGCCGGGCAGCCGCUCGCGCAGUCUCAACGGCAGUCUGACUAGUAGCAUGACUAGCAGCCUGACUAGCAGCAUUACUAGCACAUCCAGUAUCAGCAGUGUGUCCAGCCAGCUCAGCAUGGAAGAGUCCAUCACAGGAUCAGGAGGGGGGCCCCUGCCCAUGGUGCUGUCCCUCCUGCUGUCGUCAUGGUUACCGCUGGACCUGGCCGCCCACCAGGACGCACUCCUGCUGGCAGGCAACCUUCUAGCAGGCGCAGCUUCCAGGUCCCUGAAAGCUCCAUAUGAUGAGGAAAAGCCCACAGGGAAGGAUGGAGUGAAAGAAGUAGGGAAGGAGGAGGAGGAUGGAUGGCACGCCCUUCAGGACAGGAACCUGGUGCCGCUGGCCCAACAGCUGCUGUCUCACCUGGCCAGGGUCGUCAAUGUCUGCUCACAUGUCAUCGAGCAGGUCAUACCUGGGCCUCCUGCUAAGACUGCCCUCCCCUCCCUACCCAACGCCCCCUCCCUCAGUCCCAUCAAGAGGAAGCCCAAAGGUAAAGACGGAGUGGACCAGGGCAGUGCCACUGCCAGCCCCAGUAAGAGUUCUGCCAAGAAGGGCUCAGAUGCAGGUUUGCCCACAGAAAAGGAGCCAGACCGCCCCAACAAGAGUAACAUUGGGACCUUCUGGCAGCUGCCGGGGUACAUGAAACUGUACUCUGUACUGAAGGGAGCCUACUCUAACUAUAAGGUAUCCCUGGACCCCAGUGCAACAGAGAAGUUCUUAGGUCUGCUAAAGACUGUACUAAAUGUGCUGUCCCAGGUGCUGGAGAUAGCAACCUUCAUAGACAUCAGCAAGUAUGUAGAGGAGCUGCUUAGUUACUUGAAGUCUACGGUUGCCAUGGAGCCCACAUCAACAAUCCAGUGUGUAGAACAGCUCCUGAAGGCUCUCUUCGGCACCAACUUGGCCAGCCAAUGGGACGGCUCGCAAACUGCGGAGACUUCGCGUAAACCCGGGAAGGCAACCCGGCUGUCCUCCAACAUGAAGCCUGGGCUGUACCACUACUGCUUCACCGCGCCCUACACACAGUUCACACAGUCUCUGGCUGCUGCCAGCUUCAGGACAUCACAGGCAGAGGGGGAGGAAGGGGGAGGGAUUUUGAGCUGGUUCAAACACAGAUCAUCAGACAAGAAAGUAUCGCCUGCCAUCGCCAAACUGGUCAAGGGAGACAAGACUCCCAUCCACAACUACAUCCGUCUGUUUGAGCCGCUGGUCAUCAAGUCUCUGAAGCUGUACACGGUGACAAGCUCCGUCACACUGCAGAGACAGGUGCUGCACCUGCUGGCACAGCUGGUACAGCUGCGCGUCAACUACUGUCUGCUCGACUCCGACCAGAUUUUCAUAGGUUUUGUCAUCAAGCAGUUUGAGUACAUUGAAGCUGGUCAGAUCAGAGGUUCAGAGACACUGAUCCCGCCCAUCUUCCACUUCCUGGUGCUCCUGUCGUACGAGCGGUACCACUCCAAGUCUAUCAUCGUCAUGCCACGGAUCAUCCAGCUGUGUGACGGAGUCAUGGCCAGCGGACAGAAGGCCACCAAUCAUGCUAUCCCAGCCCUGCAGCCCAUCGUGCAUGACCUGUUUGUGUUGAGAGGCAACAGUAAGGCUGACCAGGGGAAGGAGCUGGACACACAGAGGGAGGUGGUGGUGUCCAUGCUGGUCAGACUCAUCCACUAUCCAGAGGUGCUUGAGAUGCUGACCAUUGUGCUGCAGCAGUGCCACAAGGAGAGUGAGGACCGGUGGAAGAAACUGUCCAGACAAGUGGUGGACAUGGUGCUGCCCAUGCUGGCCAGACAACAGAUCUGCCUGUCCACCCCGUCUGCGUUGAACACCCUGCAUGGCCUGUUUGAGUCGGUCACCCCCAGUUCCCUGCGACCAUUAGACAUGCUGCUCAAGACUCUCUUCUCUCCUCCUACAGAUCUGACCAGUCCCGACAGUUUUCUCCGCUGGUCCUCCAUGGUGCUGUCUGUCCUGCGAGUGCUGAUCUCCCAGUCUAAGGAAGAAGUCAUCAUGGCCAGACUACAGGAGCUAGGACUGUCUGCCAACAUCUUCACAAACAAUGUGAUUUAUCGAGCUAAAGGCAGAGCUGUAGACCUGGAUGGUGAUGCUCCGUUUGAAGAGGUUCCUGAAGAGGCUCUAGCAAGAUUUUUGUUGCAAGUGAUUGGUGCGCUGGCAGAGGAGAUUGCCUUCCGCUCCAACACAUCAGUGCUGCAGAGGGAGGGCUGCCACAGCCUGGCACAGCAGCUGGCUCACCUGCUGUUAUAUGUCACCUACAUCCUCAAGUCAGGAUUGUUGAGGAAGGUGCUAUCUGCUGCCAUGGCCCUACCAGAGGAGUCCCCUACUGAGGCAUACUACAGUGUACUACACUAAAUCUCACCUUC